AUGAAAGUCUUUAGCACAAUUGACCUAUCAAAUGCAUUGUUCCAGAUUCCAGUGGACCAAGAAUCUCAAAAACUGAUGGCUAUCAAUACUCACCUCGGCUUAUUUAAAGUACUUAGACUGCAGCAAGGUGUUAAAACAGCCCCUGGCAUUUUUCAACAAAUUGUUGACACAAUGCUUAGCGGAACCAAUACCAUUGGGUUUAUUGAUGAUAUGAUCUGUUCGGGAAUUAAUAAAGAAGACCACAAAAUUCAACUGUUUAAAACCCUAAAGCGUAUUCAGGAUUAUGGAUUCAAACUUCGCUUCGAGAAAUGCAAGUUUGGAGAAACAUCUAUCGAGUUCUGCGGACACACGGUAGAUCAAUAUGGUAUCAGACCACAUCCAGGGAAACUUCGAUCAAUCCAAGAUCUCCCACCACCAAUAAUAAGUCAUGCAUCAAUUUAA